GGUGGAUAUGUUGUACACGGGGAGGGCUGACUUCCAGAUGACAUUGACGCUAUGUAGAUGAGAGUGGGGAUUCAUGUAACGUUUGUGGCUGCUGAUGUUAGACGGUUGCACGAGGAGAAGCUGUUACUUCUUUGUGUUGGGUUUCCUUCAGCACCACGCACCUGUGGACAGCAGCUAUCAUAGACGCACAUUGUCAUCCCCCCCGGGAUAACGUCAAUUGUUGUUUAAAAGCAUUUUUUUUAUUAUUAUUGUUGUUGGGGGAAAAAAAAAAAAAACUUUCUUUGAAUGGUCCCACUACUUUAACUUCGAGAAUAAAUAGCGGACGCCUCCGCGACCAACGCACUGACAGAUAAGACAAUUUUGCUGUUAAACGUCUUCCUGGGUGACACUUAUUAAGCUGAAUCAGCGCCUAUUUGUUUUCCAGUUAUUUGUCGGUCCCAAAAUUGGGUAAAGAACCGCGAAGCUGCUGUCUACGUGGUCUGGUUCUGAAAUCUCCCGUCCGUCUGCCAGGACCUUUGCCAAACCAAGAGACAUGGCAACAAAUGGUACUAAAACCACAGAUGGACAUAUCUUAACAGAGGUUAACGAGACGCCACCUGCUAAUGACAAACCAAAAACGCUAGUGGUGAAAGUGCAGAAGACGAAAAAGGCGCUUCCCGAGAGAGAAAACUGGAAAGGAAAAUUUGAUUUCCUUCUUUCUUGCGUGGGCUAUGCAAUCGGGCUGGGCAAUGUCUGGAGAUUUCCUUAUCUGUGUGGCAAAAAUGGUGGAGGGGCCUUCUUGAUUCCUUAUUUUCUGACUCUCAUAUUUGCUGGAAUGCCCCUAUUUCUGCUUGAAUGCUCCCUUGGUCAAUACACGUCCAUUGGGGGACUUGGAGUCUGGAAACUAGCUCCUAUGUUCAAAGGUGUGGGUCUAGCUGCUGCUGUCCUGUCUUUCUGGCUAAACAUAUACUACAUUGUGAUUAUUUCCUGGGCUAUUUAUUACCUGUAUAACUCCUUUACCACUGAGCUUCCUUGGCAAAGCUGCAAUAACCCGUGGAAUACAGAUCGAUGCUAUACAAACUACACUAUUGUAAAUACCGCCAACCUUACAAGUGCAGUCACGGAGUUUUGGGAACGCAACAUGCAUCAGAUGACAGAUGGGCUGGAUCAACCAGGGCAAAUCCGGUGGCCAUUAGCAAUAACCCUCGCAAUUGCAUGGGUUCUUGUGUACUUUUGUAUCUGGAAAGGUGUUAGCUGGACUGGAAAGGUAGUUUACUUCUCUGCCACCUACCCAUACAUCAUGCUGUUCGUCUUAUUUAUCCGUGGGGUGACUCUCCCUGGUGCCAAGGAAGGAAUCCUGUUCUACAUCACUCCUGAAUUCAGUAAACUUAAAGAAUCCGAGGUUUGGCUGGAUGCAGCCACACAGAUCUUCUUUUCCUAUGGGUUGGGGCUGGGCUCAUUGAUUGCCCUUGGAAGUUACAACCCUUUCCAUAACAAUGUAUACAAGGAUGCCAUUAUUGUGUGUUGCAUCAAUUCCGCUACCAGUAUGUUUGCUGGCUUUGUCAUCUUCUCCAUAGUCGGCUUUAUGGCCAAUGUCACAAAGAGACCAAUAGCAGAUGUUGCUGCAUCAGGUCCUGGAUUGGCCUUUUUAGCUUACCCCGAGGCAGUGACGCAGUUACCCAUAUCUCCACUGUGGGCCAUUCUUUUCUUCUCCAUGCUGCUUAUGCUUGGGAUUGACAGCCAGUUCUGCACAGUGGAAGGAUUCAUAACAGCUUUGGUUGAUGAAUUUCCAAAGCUUCUGCGUCCAAGAAGAGAGAUCUUUAUUGCAGCUGUGUGCUUCGUGUCAUAUCUAAUCGGGCUAUCAAAUAUCACUCAGGGUGGGAUCUACGUGUUCAAACUGUUUGACUACUACUCUGCCAGUGGAAUGUGUCUCCUGUUUCUGGUCUUCUUUGAGUGCAUUUCUAUAUCCUGGUGUUAUGGUGUUAACAGAUUUUAUGACAACAUUGAAGAAAUGGUUGGAUACAGGCCAUGUAUCUGGUGGAAACUGUGCUGGUCUAUCUUCACUCCUUUAAUUGUAGCUGGUGUGUUCUUCUUCAGUGCUUUCCAAAUGGUUCCACUGACUAUGAACAAUUACGUUUUCCCAGCAUGGGGUCAAGGGGUUGGGUGGUGCAUGGCUCUCUCUUCCAUGCUCCUAAUCCCUGGCUUUAUGAUUUACCUAUUCAUCACGCUAAAGGGUUCUCUAAAAGAGCGCCUUCGACAAAUGAUUCAGCCUUCAGAAGAUAUUAAGAAUCAAGAAAAUGGCCCGGAGCAAGCUGAGAAUGCCAAUCCUGCCAUCGAAGAAGCCUACAUCUAAACCUGUUUAAAAUGUCAACUCUAAUGCAGAAAAAGUAAUCAUGGUUGUACGUGACCAAGGACUUACAUGUCCGAAAAAUAUUUACCUACCUCCAGGGGCAAAAUUUGACUAACCUGAUUACAAAACUUUUAUUUCAUUUUUCAUCUGUAAAAACCUACCCAGCAAUGUCCUAGUGAUAGCUUGUAUUGCAUAUGCAAAAUGUAGACUGUUAGGGUUUCUAAAACGUUAAACUAUAACCAUUGAACUAAUGUAAUUUGUAAUGCAAUUGAAAUUGGAUGCUGGUGUAGAAUAUGUUAAUUCACAGGACACCACAAGGCCCAAUGUGAUACAAUUAUGUCAAGCUAACUUUUAAGAUACUGUAUUUACAUGUUAUUGAGCUAUACAACUACAUACUAUUACUGUAAUCAUUUUAGAAUAGAGUAUGUUUGAUUGUACAGUAUAUUAAGAAAAUUAGUAACACUUUACAAACAAGAGCUAAAUACACAUAUUUAAAAGGCACGUAAGAGCAAUAUAAGGUUAAGUUUGGAAACUAAGGAUUUAUGAGCUAUGCUUUUUAUGGGAAUGUGCAACAAGCAUGGUCAAAUGUAUGUGGCUGGAAUAUCUUUAUAUUCCAAGGGAUUGUAUUUUGUAACACAAACAUAUUUUUUCACCCAGAGGGCUGGGACCAAUACUUCUUUAGUACAUGGCCAGAACUGACAGCUAUUACCGGUAACCCUUAAAAUGAACAAGCACCUGCCACCGAAUGAGAUUAACAUUGGGAAAGACUGUUAAACUUGUAUCUUACUUUUAUAACAACUUUGUAUGUUAUUGAUUUUUCUUUUUAACAAUUGCUGGUUUUUCACAUUUCACAGCGCAAAGACAUUUUCUGUGUAACAUCUAGAUUUGAUGAAACAAAACAAAAAAAGCACCUCACCAUAUCAUUGUGAAGCAGGGGCUGAUAAAGAUCUUUUCAUAAGCGAAACAUUUAAACUGUGACGACCCAUGAGCUGAAAAUCCAAACCUGCUUCUUUCAUUAAAUGUGCCAAUCCUCAGGUAAUGAACUGAAUAAGAGAUGGUGGAAGUGACCACAUUUCUUUGAAACUGUUAUAUCAAUAUGUGCUAUGAAGGCCUUAAGCCAACAAUUAAUCAAUUUUUUUGAAGCCACAGUUUACUUGAAUGACUGCAAGUUUUUUUUUUUUUUUUUAAAUCUCUUAAAUAUAUGCUUAACAGAAAGGGUACCAGUUAUAGCAACAAUUGUCAGCAGACUGCAGGUCAACAAAAGAUGUUUUGAUUUUUAUAUGAACUAUAUUAAUAACAGUACGUUGGCAAUAAAUAUCUAGAGAGAGUUGACUUUUUAAAAUGUUUAUUGUCCCUAUUUAUAUAGUUUACCAGUUGAAAGCACAUAGCUUUAAUCCACAAACAAUUGCCAAUGUAUCUACUUUGAGAACAUGUUAGUUUGCUUCUAUGGCAGCUAUAAGUGACAGGGAUCUGGUUUAAUAAGUCAUUUUUUUUCUUUACAAAGCUAUAUAACUAAAAUGUGCAAUGAAUAUACGUCCGGUGAAUUUUGUAUAAAGUUACCAUACUGCAGUUUUAUCUCUUAAAUCAUGUUGUAAAACUGUACUGUGUAAAACAUGUAACUGUAAGUGUCUGUAUGAGGGUUGGAGUUUUUUUUUUUUUUUGUCUAAAUGUAAAACAAAAAAAAUAAUCUUCUCUUUGCUGUUUUCUGCAAUAAUAUGUUGAUCUCAGAAACGUAAGCACAUAACUAAGGGAAAUAUAAUAAUAAAAAACAAACAUACGUCUAGUAGAAAAAAAAAAGUUUUGUAUAUUUCUGACUGUUUCAUGGGCCUAAUGUAUAAUAAUCUAUAAAAAAUAAUAUACCAUAUAAAUGUCUAGAAUUGUGUUAUAUGAAAAAAAGCAUGAUUGUCAUAUAUGUUUACAGACUUUCAAAUAAAGACUUUAUUAUGUUG